AUGUGUGAAACAUUUCAUAAAUUCAUCAUGGGACUACGUGAGUUUAUGAAGGAUUAUUUUCUUGGUUUCUGGGACUAUGAGACACCAAAGGUAAUGGUGGUUAAAAACAGAACUCUUGGAGUCAUUUACAGAGGCGUUCAGUUUCUUGUGAUCACCUAUUUCAUCUGGUAUGUCUUUAUAAAUGAGAAAGCAUAUCAAGAGAGUGAAACCCGUCCAGAGAGCUCCGUUUACACUCUCAUGAAGGGCACAGCAGUUCAUGGAGAUGAUAUCCUGGACACUGUGGAGUACGCUCGACCCUCAGAGGGUGGUGAUGUGAUUAGUACAAUAUUGAGACGAGAAGUCACGUAUGAUCAGAGGCAAGGGACCUGCGCUGAGUAUUUCAAUGUUGCCAAUGCGAACUGUACAACAGAUUCUGACUGUGUCCAGGGGCAGGUUGACUUUGAUGGCCAUGGCAGAAGGACAGGCAAAUGUGUUCAAUACUAUAACCACACCUUCAAAACUUGUGAGAUCCAAACUUGGUGUCCUGUUGAGGAGUACGCAGUAGUACGUGAACCAGCAUUAGUGGAGGCCGUCAACUUCACAGUGUUCAUCAGGAACUCUAUCCACUUCCCAAAGUUUAAAGUGCUGAGGGGAAAUAUCAAAGAUGCCUCAAAUAAGCGUGACAUGCAGAAAUACCUCAGUAAGUGUCAUUACGACGAGGAGAAAGAGCCCUACUGUCCAAACUUCCGCCUGGGCUACAUCGCAGAUCAAGCCAGGGAGAAUUUCAGUGAGCUCUGCAGGACUGGAGGAGUCAUUGGGGUUUUCAUUAACUGGAAGUGUAACCUGGACCUGGAUCCUUCACAUUGUAAACCUACAUAUUCCUUCCGUCGUCUUGAUCUCCGAAAGGAUGAGGCCAACUCUGGAUAUUACUACAGAUUUGCCAAAUAUUACAGCAAGGAUGGGGUAGAGUCUCGGACACUUAUCAAGGCCUAUGGCAUCCGUCUGGAUGUCAUUGUUCACGGACAUGCUGGUAAAUUCAGUCCCAUCCCGACCAUCAUCAGCACAGUGACUGCGAUGACUUCAGUUGGGAUUUGUACCAUUAUCUGUGACUGGAUCAUGCUGACGUUUAUUGACAAGAAUGAAGUCUACAGUGAGAGAAAGUUUGAUGAAGUUAUCAAGGAGCCCACGGUGCCCAUUCCCACAGAGCUCGGCUACAUCAGCAGCUACGGCUCAAACCAUUCAGACCUGUCAGACGGUGUACCACUGUGA